AUGUCGCUGCCCAGCUAUCUCGUCAAGGACCUCGGCGCCUACGUCCAAGACCGCGCCGACAAGCUCGACGGUGUGUGCUGCCUCGACGCAGCACCGUGCCAGCCCCAUGGGACGAAGGCGCCGGCAUCGUCGCCAGCGUCCUGGGUCGUUUUAUAUCAUCCCGAGCUGCUCUUUACGACGCUUGUCGAGCUCCUCCUCGACGCGUUUGGCCCGAGCACUCCCGUGUGCGUCAACUUGCAGCUUCCGGACCACGCCUGCGUCGUGGCGCCGACGCAGGUGCUCGCGGUCGAGUUGCCGCCGAGCGCGCUCCUCCUGCCGUCGCGCUUUGCUCGGCCUGCGCGCCUUGGUCAUGUGCGCUUAACCCCAAUUAGCCUGCACGCGCCCUUGUCAAUGGCGGCCGAAACGAGCAUCGACAUGAUUGCCGAGCUCACCAGAGUGUGCGAGCAGGUGCAGCCAGUCGUGGCGCUCUCACUCUUGUACUGCACGUACCUCACGCUCGACCGGUCGUUGGGGCCCCGCGACGCCAAGACGCUGGCGAUCGCCGACUGGAUUGGCGACGUCCUCCUUGACGUUCGCGAGUACAAGCUCGCGAUCGCGUGGCUCACCGAAUCAUCUACUGCAUCGUCACCCGAUGCACGGGGACGCUGGACGAACCUCGGGUUCGCGCAUCUCCAACGCAUGGACACCAAGCGCGCAGUCGAGUACUACGAACGCGUCGCCCGCGCAGUAGCAGGCACGAGCGAGAUCUGGUCGGCGGCGAUCGAUUUGGCGGGCGCCCAUCGGUUCGCAAAGGCGCUCGGACCCGCGUGGGCACUUCUCGAGUCGGUACACUCGGCGCCUCUUGGAUGCGAGCGGCUUGCUGCUGAAGCACAACACGCAGCCGGUCUCGUGCUGGCCAACAUGCAUCGCUGGAGCCUCGCGGUCGAGUCGCUGCAUCGAGCGUAUCACGCUCGCAAGACGCUACUCGGAGGUGUUCACGUAGCGACAAGUGCCUCCUUCUACGCUCUCUACUACGUCUACGUGACAAGCUCGGAAGCGACCUUUUCCGGUCGUUCGUCGCUGCACCAGUUUCUCGCGACAGAGUGCGACGAAGGGAUGGUGCCGUGGGGCGGUCGCCGUUGCGUCGCGGCGCUGGGGUGGCUGGACGUACCUCACGUGCAUGCCGUGCGCAACAACGUCGCUGGCCGGUGA